CCGUAGAAACAGGAAGUAUUUUAUUAUUUAGUAGGUUUUCACUUCCUUCGACCUGGAUUUGCUUUCUUGUGAUCUAAGGAGGAUUUGAACCGUGUAAAUGGGGGACAUUCGCCAGUCUCUGCUGCCUCGCGACGUCCUGAGUGCUGCAAAGGAACUGCUGUACCAUUUGGACAUUUACAUCUGCAACCUGGUGCAGUCUGGGAGGCAGCCUCCUCUGGUGGACUCCAAAACCCUCGAACUGGUGGAGGAGUUUAUUCUGCACGCGCCCAAAGACAGAAAUGCGCCAGUCAGGAAGAUGAGCGCUCUCCAGGAGCUCCAGCUGUUGGAGAUCAUGUGCAGCUGUUUUCAGGAGCAGAGUCGAGAUGCUGUCCGCCAGCUGAUUUUCUCCACCCUCUUUAAUCUCCAAGGAAACCAGGCAGAUGAAAGUCGCAUGAUGCUGUUGGGCAAACUUGUUUCCAUGGCAGUUGCUGUGGGCAGGGUUCCUAUUUUGGAAUGUGCUGCUACGUGGUUCCAGAGAACCCACGGUGUGUACUGCGUACGCCUGGCCCAGGUGUUGGUGGAUGAUUACUGUAGUAUGGUACCGGGUUCUGGUCCCACUCUGCAUAAUAUCCACAGCAUGAGUCCACGCUUCUGCUGUCAGUUUAUCACCGCUGUCACCACUCUGUAUGACCUCAGCUCAGAGGAGCUCACCCCUCCGCUAGAGCUCCUCCAGAUGAUAGUGUUGUGGAUCCAGGAGGACCCCCGCCUUGUCCUGAUCACCUUCCUGAACACGCCCCUCUCUGGCAACCAGCCAUUGAGCUGUCUUGACGUCACACCACUAGGUGGUUUGGUACGCUGGUGUAUCAAAGCACCGCUGGCCUACAGGAGGAACGAGAAGCAGGUUCGAACUAAUGGAAGCUCCGAGAGUGAGACAGACGCAGGACCUCUCUUCUCUGCUCUUCAUUUGAGCGUCCUACAGGUCUUCAUGCUUUUGCCCAACAUUCUCAGUGAGAAAGGGCUUUAUGGUCACCUGGCUCUGCUGCAACUGGACUCCGUGGCUGCUUUGACCUCCGACCUUGCCCGACUGUUGGAGCAGACUGACGAACAUACACACACAUGUGCAGAUGCUCAUGCAUUAUCACAGCUGGCUCUUGACCGGCUGGCACAGGCCCUGCAGGUGGCAAUGGCCAGCAGAGCCCUACUCUGCUCCAGAGAGGACCUGAGAGCCAUCUGUUCCCGCCUCCCUCACAACAAUUUGCUCCAGUUGGUGUUAUCUGGACCAGUGAUGUACUACAACAACAUCCACACCCCUCCACUGGCCUACAGCCCACACACUGCUCAUUCGCCCAUUGCCUCACACACCACGCUCCCCACUCUGCCCACACACACACCUCUGGUCUCCCACCCUGCCUCUCACACUCAGUACCACACGCAGCCAUUCAUGACAGGAGUGCAGUUCCCAUUCCGACCCAGCCACUGAGUGUGUGUGUGUGUGUGUGUGUGUGGUGUGUGUGUGUGUGUGUGUGUGUGUGUGUGUGUGUGUGUGUGUGUGUGUGUGUGUGUGUGUGUGUGUGUGUGUGAGAGAGAGAUAUUUUUUUUACUGUGUCAUUAAUACUCUUUGAAAAUGUGACAGGUGUUAAAUAAAUAUUUUCGAUCAUA